AUGCAACUGUAAUAGAAAUAUAUAUUAUCUAGAUAUAUCUAAUUGUAAUAAAAAUAUAUGUACAUACAAUAUGCAGAUAUAUAUUGUUUCAUUUACCCAAAAAUGCUGUAAAGAACAUAAAAUCAGUGCCAAGUAACCCACUUUCUGGAUCUCCCUCUGCAGCUUCAGUAUCUAUAGCCAAUAUCGUUAAAGGCCUUGGUGCGCAUGGAUCGAAGAAUCUAAUAUGAAACCAUAUCUAGAAUAUAAAGAUACUCUUGUAAAAUCUAGUAAAUCUGCUGCAUUUAAAGAUGCAGUAGAAGCAAUAGAAGAAUUUAUUGCUAAUGGAGAGGUAUUUGAAGAUGGCUUAGAUCCAGAUUCCUUGUUUGACAGAUUGAAGGAAGGAAGUAUAUCUGAGAAGAAAAAUAUAGUAAAACCAUCUAAACCUCGUAAGGAAACACCAAAAACUAAAAGAUUGGAUUCUAGUGCAAGCGAUACUCGUCGCCCAGCCAAAAAACAACGGAGUGAAUCAAGUACAAGUAAUAGCAAUAGGGUUGGCAGCAUUAGCCCAACACUGAAUCAUUCAACCCCUCUGAGAAAGUCAGGAUCCACUCUCCUUAACAGGCCAGCAAAUAUCGCUAGACCUGUGACACCUCCUUUGGACGUGGAAACAUUGUCACAAACACUUAAAGAAAAAAAUAUCCUCCCUUCGAUCUUGAAAUUUGGCUUCCUUGGUUUGGGUAUCAUGGGAAGCGGAAUCGUAAAAAAUCUAAUCAACAGUGGACACAGCGUGAUUGUAUGGAAUCGGACACAGGAGAAGGUAUGUACAAUUCGUUUUCUUACGAUGUAACGCAAUAAUAUAUGAUUGUUACGUGCAAUUGCAAUGCGAUUUUUUUAUCGUGAAUGACAUUCUUUAAUUUAUAAAAAUGAUCAAAAGAGGAAGUCGCAUUUCCUAUGUUAUUAUUAUUAGUUUAUAAAGAUCGAUUAUUAGUUUAUUCGAUUUUAAUACAACAAAUUAAAUAUAAACAAUAGGCAAUAAAAAUAAUAAAAGUAUCAAGUAGUUUUUAUUAAUUAAAAUUUUUUAAUUUUGCAAUUCACUGAAUUUCAAACAGUCGCAUAACUUUAUCUUAUUAAGAUUGAAAUUUGCAUUAGUAAAGACACUUGAGUUUAAGUUCUUCGGGAGGAUACAUAAGGCGAAGGUUUUACAUGAAUUCACACCACGGUCUUCACUAUCAAUUUUAUUGCUGCAUCGUCAGCAAGAAUAUUACUGUGUUUCAUUUCUACUUCGUAUUCAACUUUUACUUAAUAUGUUAAUAAAAUGUUAAUUUCCUAACAAUUUGAGUUCUGUUGUAAGCUACGUGAAUGUUCGUUUUUCUUUUUCUCUCAACAAAGUAUUUCAACGAUUUUGUAAAAGUUGGGGAAGCAAGAGAAAAACGAUAUUUUGAUAAACAAUUUCGUUUAUUGAUCAUGUUGCAGCUUACUUUUAAAACUACUUAUCCUAAAUUGUAAUUUAAAUAUUAAGAUGGUAACAAAAGACUAA